GGGCGUUGGGUUUCCAGAUUUGGGACCGAGGUGUUUUGCCUGGCGGGUUGUUGUUUCGUUCUUCUAUGGUAAAACGGCCGUCGAGUUCCGCGGUGGUAGAGCAUUUGCCUUCGACUGCUGGGUCAUGUGAAUCUGCUGGAUGACGCCCCGGGUCAGCCUAAGAGGAAGAAAGUUGAGGUAGCAGACAGAAUAGAAUCAUGUGUCUCCAUUUGUACAUUUUUGAAGACUGAGUGUGCCACCUCACCUGACAUGAUGGAUAGCAGAUGUUAUGGCUGUGCAUCGAAGUUUACUGUCUUCAAGAAACAGUGUGGAUGUAAGAAAUGCGGGCGAGCGUUUUGCUCAGGCUGCCUGGGAUUCAGUGCUGUCGUCCCCCAUUGUGGAAACACACAGCAGAAGGUCUGCAAGCAAUGCCAUGGGGAAUUAACAAGCGGCUCACCUCAGUCAAAUGCAGCUAAAUGGUCUCCACCAGAGAACUAUAAAAAGCGUGUAGCAGCCCUUGAAGCCAAGCAGAACCGGCCUCAGGGACUCCAGAAGGGUUUGUUGAAGUCCCAAAGCCAAGCAGGCUCCAGAUAUCAAGGUCUAUCAAAAGAGGAUCGAGCUCUAGCAGAGAGACUGGAGAGGCUCAAGAAGGAAACAAAACCCAAGUCCAUUCCAUCUCAGGCUGAGAUAGAGUCUAGGCUGGCAGCACUGAAAGAUGACCCUGCAAGACCCAUUCCAUCAGCCCAGGAGAUGGAAAAUCGGCUGGCAGCCUUGCAGGGCAGAACACUCCCCCCUCCAGCUUCAAAACCAGUACACGAGGCCCCUAAUGCCAGGACGCAAACUGAGCAGUCAGAUGACCUGCUGAACCAGAUGUCUGAGGAAGUUGCCAUUGAUGAGAGCGGUGGCUCAGGAGUUACGCCACAAGUUAGGACCCAGACUUUAAAUGACUUAAAUCGAACCGACAGCAUUGGUGGCGUUGGUGAUAUGGAUCCCAAACAGUUGGAGGAGGAGAAGAAUAGAUUGCUGGCGUCGGCGGCGACUGAGCUGAGGGAAGACAACACCAGGCAGGAGAAGAUUCUAGAAGUAGCCAAGCGAUUGGCUGCACUAAAAGGCCAAGAUCCUGAGAAAGUGACUUUGGAUGACUACAGAUUCCCCAAUAGUGAUGAAGAAAUAGAAGAAGAAGAAGCCAUUCAGAGAGUUUUGAAACAGCUUACUGAGGAGGCGGCUCUGGAUGAAGCAAGCGGUUUCAAUAUUUCUCCAGAUCGAUCCACCCAACCAGCGACCGCCCAGCAGAAACCAGCCAGGAAACCUGAGCAGGGAAAAGCUCCAGCGGUUGCUAAACCUCUCGUCUUACCGGACAGCGACGAGGAAGAGUUGCCCUGGUGCUGCAUCUGCAACGAGGAUGCUGUCCUACGCUGCCACGCCUGUGAUGACGACCUCUACUGCCAGCGAUGCUUCCGGGAAAGCCAUGAUGAAUUUGAUCGGAGGGAGCACCGAACAUCCAACUAUUGUCGUCCUCGAAAGCAAAAAUGAGCCUAUGGAGUGUGAGAAGAGACAAGGGGAGGAAGGUGAAAUGGGAGGGGAUAAAAGAGAAGAUGUCCAUAAAGGUUUGCUAUUUCAGCAAAAGCUGGCAGACUCUGAAAGGCAGCUCUGUGUCACUGAGAAGCUUGGAGGGCAAAUGGUUGUGCCCAGCAAAAUCAAGGCAGCCACUGUGGAGCUCGUAGUACACAGAAGGUGGUUUGCCAUGUGAGUAAGCUGUUAAUUCAAUGAGAAUGAAGACUGGCAUGCUUGAAAAGGUGGGUUACUUUGCAGAGAUUUCCCAUUUACCUGGAUAAGAUGUUCAUAGAAAAUAUUGCAAAGAUAAUAAAUUAUAUGAAGAGAA